CCCUAAAUUAUUUGAAACGAUCCUCUUAAUACUGCAACAAUCUCCCUAUUCUCCUUCGCUUCCUUCAUUUGCUUUCUCUCACAUUCAGCAUGGAGAUUCAGAUUCCUACUCGUAACAAGGUGAACUUUGCUCCUCCGAGAAGCUUCGGGACAACUCUGAAAUCCCAUCUCAAAGAAACUUUCUUUCCUGAUGAUCCGCUCAGGCAGUUCAGGAAUGAGAAAUCCGGUGUUGGAAUCGUUAAAAAAGCUCUGCAAUACUUUGUUCCGAUCUUUGAAUGGUUACCCAAUUACAAUCUACGCUUGUUUCGAUUCGAUGUUCUUUCUGGUAUAACCAUUACCUUCCUUGCUAUUCCUCAGGGCAUCAGCUAUGCAAAACUCGGCAGUAUUCCUCCUAUUAUCGGCCUCUACUCGAGCUUUGUUCCUCCUCUCAUUUAUGCUGUGUUUGGGAACUCGAAGCAUCUGGCAGUGGGGACUGUUGCUGCUUGUUCAUUGAUCAUAGGCCAUACGAUUGGAGAAAAAGUAUCUGCUGUCGAUGAUCCAACGUUGUAUCUCAACUUGGUCUUCACUACUACUUUCUUCACUGGAAUCUUUCAGACGCUCAUGGGUCUUUUAAGACUGGGGAUUCUGGUGGAUUUUUUGUCGCAUUCAACUAUUACAGGUUUCAUGGGAGGAACUGCAACUCUUAUCUGCUUCCAACAGCUCAAAGGCAUAUUUGGUCUGAAACAUUUCACAACCAAAACUGAUGUUGUUUCUGUCAUUCGUGCAGUUUUACAUUACAGAGAUGAGUGGAAGUGGCAGAGUGCAGUUGUAGGCAUCAUCUUCCUUAUUUUCCUUCAGUUCACUCGUUUCCUGAGGAAGAAAAGGCCAAAUCUGUUUUGGGUGCCAGCCAUAGCUCCAAUGACGGUUGUUAUAGUUGGUUGUCUUUUCGCAUACUUUGCUCAUGCAGACAAACAUGGAAUCCAAAUUGUGGGCCAUCUCCACAGAGGCCUAAAUCCAAUAUCCUUAAAAAAUUUGACCUUUGAUCCUCAGUACUUACCUGUCACUUUGAAGGCUGCCCUCGUCACUGGCCUUAUUGCUUUAACUGAAGGGAUAGCCAUAGGAAGGAGCUUUGCUAUAAUGAACAAUGAACAAGUUGAUGGGAACAAGGAGAUUAUAGCUUUUGGUCUCAUGAAUAUUGUCGGCUCUUUCACUUCUUGCUACUUGACCACCGGGCCAUUUUCCAAAACUGCAGUGAAUUUUAACGCAGGGUGUAAAACAGCAAUGUCUAACGUAGUAAUGUCAAUUUGCAUGAUGCUCACACUACUAUUCUUAGCUCCUCUCUUCAGUUAUACUCCUUUGGUUGCUCUGUCCGCUAUUAUCGCAUCUGCUAUGCUUGGACUCAUAAAUUACGAAGAAAUUUAUCACCUCUUCAAGGUUGAUAAGUUUGAUUUUCUCAUUUGUAUGGCUGCCUUCUUUGGAGUUGCCUUUAUAAGCAUGGACUACGGACUCAUCAUGUCGAUUGGGCUUGCUUUGUUGAGGGCACUAGUAUAUGUUGCUAGGCCUGCAACCUGUAGACUUGGAAAAAUUCCAGACUCAAAUCUGUUCCGUGACUCAGAACAGUAUCCUGGAUUGACAAAUGUUCCAGGAGUCCUUGCUUUGCAACUUGGUUCCCCUAUCUACUUUGCCAAUGCUAAUUACAUUAGAGAAAGGAUUAUCCGUUGGGUUCGAGAUGAAGAGGACAUUUCAAAUGCCAAGGAUUCUGUUGUUGAGCAUGUGUUACUAGAUUUAUCAGGUGUUACAUCCAUUGAUACGACAGGCAUCGAAACGUUGAUUGAAAUACGCAAAUUGCUUGACGCCAAAAACAUUAAGAUUGCAAUUAUAAACCCUAGACUGGAAGUAAUGGAGAAAAUGAUAAGAUCACACUUCGUAGACAAGAUUGGAAAAGACUCCAUAUUUCUUAGCAUUGAGGAUGCAGUUGAGUCGAUUUUAUUCUCGACCCAAAAGAAUUACCAGGUUUUAGUGUAGAAAAUGAUACAAGUGCAGCCCUAGAUUUUGUACUGUUUUAAGAAGAUGACAAAUUGCACAAUCAGAUGGUGCACUUCAUAAGUCCAGACAACCUUUGACACACAAUGCUUCCAAAUGAAAAAUAACAUUGUAUACUGGAAUGGGGUGUGAUCAGUUCAUGGAUUGUUGGGAGAGUUUUAUAUAGUCUUCAAAUUUCAGCACCUCUGUACCUUUGUAUCUUUCUUCCAUAAUCUAAUGAUUACAAUCUA